CUCCAACAUCUCACCAUGCGGUAACCAAAACAGGUCCCGAGCUUCAGGUCUCCUGACAAUAACUGGGUGGCACCCUUCUUCUUUUCCUUCUUCUUCUGCACGGACUGGGAAAAGACAAUGAAGGUGGAAAAAAACAAUCCACCUUAAAUUUCUUCUCUUUGGUUUUUAUUUUAGUUCUUUGAUCCAUUAAGCAUAUUAAUGUAAUAAUUAUUCUAACACGGUCCAGAUGAGUAAAAGUGAAGAGAAAAGGAGUCUCCAGGAGUUCAGCAGGACAUCAGGCGUCAGAUUGAUCAGUGGAGUGCACGAUUGAGUGAUUUUUCAAGCCUUUUCUGUUUGUUGUUUCGGGUUGGAGCGCGUAAAUCACGACGCAGGACACUUUUUUACAGCGUUUCCCUGUUGAUGCGCCUCCGGGCUGCACCCACAGCCUUCUUUCAUUAACUGAGAAUAACUGGAGAACCUACAGGACACGGAAUGGUACUUUAAAAACAGCGUUUUUGUAAGCCAUGGGGUCUUCGGAUAUAGCUCGGAAACAAAGAUACCUCGCUCAGAUGACCGGCAGUAAGUCGGCCGGUCAGGCGCAGUUCAGCGCGAUUUGCGUCCCGCGCGCCGAGCGCCUCUCUCCAGAAGGUGCAGGAGCUUCAGGAGCUUCAGGAGCUUUAGGAGACUCCAAACGCUCCACGACCAAAAGUGAGAGAACACCGGACAUUCGUUUGUGUGAAGAGUGCGUCGGUCGUGUGCUAGUCUUCAAGGAGCAAGCUCUGCGAAUGUUAAAGGAUGGCCACUACUCACGCAAUGAUCCAAAACUCUCCAUCCUUCUCUAUGAGAGCUUGCGAGUGCCCGCUUGGAUUGGCUUCUCUGGUUACUGUGACGUCUGCUUCACUCACCUGAGCCAGCUCAAGCGGGAGGCCAUCCACACGCUACUAAACCAAAACCCUACCAUCUGGCCCAUUUCUCCCCCUGCCAGCAACUCACCUGGCUACGAUGCCUUGGGUUCUCACACUCUGCCUAGAGCCACCACCUCUCGUUCUCCAAGCCCUAGCAAACGGCAGAAGUUAAGCAACACAAGGACGGAAAGCUGGGUCAGGGAACACUCGUGCUUUGAUACCCUGUGGCGUGCAAAUAGUGAAAUGUCACCAAUUCCUGACAUGGUUUCUCAGGACGGUAUGAAGAAAAAAAAAGACGACGAGUCCACAGUUCUGUGCCGCUUCAGUGGUCCUCUGACGUUCAACACUUCCAAAGUUGCCGCAAUGCUACCUGCUGGAACUUCUACAGCGUUCUCGUUCAUCGUCAGGGCAGUCCAGAAGUUGCACUUGACCUCAAGAAGGCGGAAGCAGUGCUCUGAAAAGGACUGCUAUCCCACCAACUUCUAUGGCCUUCUCCAGAAGGACCCUCCUCCUGCACCAUUAAACCUUUUACAGACUCACAGCAAGAGCCGCGAGUUACCCGAGAUGCCAAAGGUCAGAGUAAUGCUGAGACUCAAUCCGAUUCCGACAGCAGGCACGCCUCAUUCCCAAGCCCUUAAAGUGGACCUACAUAAAAAACAGGUCACAGUGUUGGAGGCUGUCACACAAAAUACACAACGAUCGGCAGCAGGUGCCACUUUCAUGCCGAAGACUUUCUCAUUCGAUGCUACUUUUGGUCCUGAGUCAUCCCAGGCUAAGGUCUGUGAGAAGAGUUUGUGUGAGGUUCUCCAGUCUGUUGUUGCUGGAGCAGAUGGCUGUGUUCUAAGCUUUGGACAAACCAAAGUGGGAACAUCUUACACUAUGCUCGGGCGCGAUGACAGCGCACCGAACCUAGGGAUCAUCCCUUGUGCCAUUUCUUGGCUUUUCAAGCUCAUUAAGAAAAAGAAAGACAAGACAUGGGCAAACAUCACAGUGUCUGUGUCAGCUGUGGAGGUGUGCGUGGAGACUGAGGUCAUCAGGGAUUUGCUGUCUGAUGUCGAGGCUGGAGAACACACCCAUAAACCAAAUGUUUACCUCCAGGAAGACCCUGUUUGUGGAAUACAGCUUCACAACAACAGGCUAGUAAGUGCUCCAACAGCUGAAAGAGCUGCCUGCCUAUUGGAUGCAGCCCUAGCGUCUCGUAACACAGCCACGGCAGGGUGCAAAGGGACAUUUCAUCAUCACUGCCAUAUGUUCUACACUCUUCAUGUCUGCCAAAAACACAUAGAGAGCAGUCCUACAUCUGGGAUGUCUGUGGAACAAAGCAAGCUGAGCCUGAUUGACUUAGGAAGCUGUACCAGUGAGAUGACUAAGACCAACAUCGAAGUCUGUCUUCUGGACCUGGGCAGUGUUAUUAUGGCCAAGCUCAAUGGGCACAAACACGUCCCUAACAAGGGAAGCAAACUGGCAAUGCUCAUGCAAGAGUCUCUUGGAAAUGUCAACUGCCACACGACGAUUGUAGCCCAUAUCUCUACUGCUCAUGAAGACCAUUCCGAAACCCUGUGCACCAUUCAGAUUGUCUCUCGCAUUCGAAGAUUACAAAGGAUCAGGAAACAAGCCUGCAACUCACCUGGAACAAGAAGCUUGGGCAAAGAGAAAAAAGCGAACAACUCUUCUAAACUGAGAGCAUUUCGUUUUGCAGGCUCAUUGGAACAUAAUUUGUCUUUGCCCCAGCUCUGUGAUGAUCUUGAAGACUACUCUGAGAGUGAUAAGUCCUGUGACACUGUGUUCUGUGUAGAUCCGAAAGGUGUCCUCCACAAUAAAGAGGCCAGAGGGAAUCAAGAGUUUGUACCUAUAAUUCCGUCUUUGCAAAGGAACAAGGCCAAUUUAAAAAGCUCAUUCUCUAUAAGACACUAUGAUUUCUUACAGUCGAUUCAAAAGUCCAAAGAGCUAAAAAAACUUCCUGCUCAGCAAUAUUCUAGUGCCCCUGACUUGGAGUGUUUCAAAUGCAACACCUUUGCGGAACUACAGAAUCGACUGGGAUGCAUUAACGAAAGCGAGAUGGUCAGUUCGCAGCCUGCGAACGCUGUUGUUAAAUCGGAACUUCUCUCAAGCAGAGUUGAGAACAUGCCAGCUGAAAAAACAGACAUUCAACAAUUUUCAUGUAAAAAACAGACUAAUGAGAAGGAACAAGGACAACCUACUAGGAGAGAUGCCUUCAGUAAGGACGUUAAGGAAGUACCUUGUGAAUAUUCUUGUCAAGAGAACAUCCUUCCACCCAAAUUGCACAUGGCUAGUAACUACAUACAAUGUGAACGAGACACUGAAUCCCAAAGCCUUCCUAAAACAAUAGACACAACUCCUUCUGUACCUUUGCCAGUGGAAGGGCUACCAUCUGAUAAGUCAACAUUGCCCCCAAAGAUUCGGAUACCCCCUGUGGGUAAAAGCUCCUCCUCUUUGUCUGCUGUCCUAGGGCCCCAGAUUUCUUUCCCUAUUACUCGGUGUGAAGUUAUUCCACAGUUCCCCACAGACAGCCAAGGAGAGAAAGCGACAAUUACUGUAACAGUUCAGCAGCCACUCGAUUUGAACGGACAUGAUGAACUUAUAUAUUCAGUUGUUAAGGAAGUCGAGGUCAGUGGCCCAGUUAACAUGGGCAAGGCUGCGAAAAUAGCAAAUAUGGCUGACCUUGAUUCUCUUAAAAACUUGCCACUAGGGUCUCAGCCUGUAAAGAUCAUAGGUAGUGUUGGAAAGGAAGAACCUGCCUCUAAAUCUGUACCUGAAGUUCAGACUUUAGGUUCAAAUGGAAACACAUCAGCAGAUUUAUCUGCAGGCAAGACCAGUUCUAUGGGUCCAAACUGUAUCAUCAAUGCAAAGAGUGACAACAACCCCUCUCAACUCGAUGUUAGAUCAAAAGAAUUCCCAUCUAAAACUGUUACAGAGGCAGACAAAAUUGAUUUUGGGUCCAUUUCCCAAUAUGAGAUCUCAAGGUUCAGGGAGCAUGCAUUUGAGAUUUCAGCAGAGCAAGAAAAUGCUGAUAGAGAGUGUAACCAAAGUAGUGGGCAGCUUUGUGGGGAGCUCAAAGACAAGGCUUUGUUAACAAAUCAACGAAUAUUAGACAACAUUCAGAUUAAACCAGCAGAAAAUCUAGCCUGUAGUUACUCAACAUAUGACACUAGCAGCCUUACAAAAGCUUGGCUCGAUACUGAAAAACAGCAUACUUGUAAGGAUGCCUCUUAUCUCAGUACAAGCUGGAAAAGUGAGACUUCAUAUGGCUCACAAGCAAAAAGUAAUGCUGCUGAACCAAGUCUCAAAGAAUGGGGAAAAUAUAGCAAACCAAUGCCUUCAGUACCAAAAUCAGAUUACAUUCCCAGUAAGAAAAACAGAAAAAAUGUGCAACCUACUAUGACCCAGACAACAUCAGAGAAUCAAACGACCAACCCCAAAUCGCCAGUUGAUGAGAGCACUAAGCUAUUUAGUGCAAAACUGGAGCAGCUAACAAACAGAAGCCGGUCUUUAAGUAGAACAAAUGUUGAGUGCGUUGCUUUACAGCCUUUUGAGCGUAACAAUAGCAUGUUCACUCAGGGUUCUACAAGAAGUAUGGAAGGCAACUGUACCCCACCAAAAGUCAACAGACAUCUCGAAAAUUGCCAGGAUAUGGGGUCUAAAGGAAAUCUGGAAAGACAAUAUGCAUCAUCUCAUGCCAACAACACUGCCUGUCCUGGUUUGCGAACAGUUUUUGAAGCAGACCUCCUCUCUUUGUCCAACCAUAGCCUUAGGAGAGUUCCAAGGUUUUUCCCACUUUAUGAUGUUGAUGAAAGUGACACCAGUGAGCCUUGUAAGAUUAGUAACUCCAAGGUUUUGUCUGGCCCAGCAGUUCAGAAGUUGUCUGGAACAGCCAGUAAUUUAUGUGGAUCACCAAAAUCCAGCAGACGCUCAAUAAACCGAAGCUCAAGUCUGUCUCCUGAUGGAUUUUCCAGAAAACAGAUUUCAUGGUCUUCCCAAUCUUUGACCCGAAAACAGACGAAAGCUUCAAACUCAUCCAAAUAUCCAAACAAACUACUUAAUGGACGGGUUGAGGUUCUUAGAGCAAGUGAGGACUCCCUCUCUAGCUUGAGCCAAGGUAGCUCGGAUAUCGACGAUCUUGAGGAGUCAAAAAGAAAAAUUAAACUGUUAAGCCAUACCUUGCCUUCCCCCUACAGCAGGAUUACAGCUCCACGUCAACCAAACCACUGCAGUGGCCAUGCCAGUGAUAAUACAAGUGUUCUGAGUGGGGAGCUUCCUCCAGCCAUGUGUAAGACGGCACUGCUGUACAAUCGCAACAGUGUGGUCAGCAGUGGUUAUGAAAGCCUGAAGAGGGACAGCGAAACCACAUACAGCAGUACGUCAAUACAUGACUCAAUCAGUGACCAGAGCUGCUUUAACAGUACUCUGAAGAGUAGCAGAGGUUCUAAGAAAAGAAGCAACACAGGAUCCCAUCAAAGACAUCCAUCACAGGAUACCCUGUCAUCUUUCAGGUCUGCAAGUGGGUCCAAAAUACGCUGGGUAGAUCGUGGUGACUCCGAUGCUUAUGAAAUUAAAGUUUAUGAGAUCGACAACGUGGACAGUUUGCAGAGGAGAGGAAAGGCCGGAAAAAAGAGUGUUGUCUGCUUCAGUGCCAAGCUGAAAUUCCUAGAGCAUCGACAACAAAGGAUUGCAGAGAUGAGGGCCAAGUACAACACCCUAAAGAGAGAGCUGGAACAAGCCAAACAGCAUCUAAUGGUAGAUCCGAAGAAAUGGACCAGUGAAUUUAGCCUCUGGCAGACAUUCGAAGUAGAUUCUUUAGAGCACUUAGAAGCCCUUGAGCUGGUGACACAGCGUCUGGAGUUCCAAGUAUUCCGCUGCAAGGCGCAUGUCAUGAUGGUAACCAGUUUUGAUGCUUCACCAAAGCGAAGACAAAGGAAGAAGUACCGGCCACCUGUCGAAUAUAAGGGAUUCAUAGGGAUAUAGGUAUACAGCAUCCCCAGAGUUUACGUUAAUUUGACCUUUUUCUUUUAAUCAUGUAAAAAAAUGCAGAGAGACAUCGCUGCAUUGUUGCCACCAGGUGGGAAAUACACUUCCUUCCAUGUAUGUGCAAGCAUUCAUGGCGCUUCCUGGAAUAAUGUAUGAUGUAGUACUUGCAAAAAAUACCUGUCAUACAGCCAUCGUUCCCUGGAAACCUCUCUUCUAGCCAGUAACUGUUACAUCUUGUAUGCAACUAGCAUACUAUUUUAACUCUCUGAAGCACAACGUCAUGAGGAACUGGAAAGGUGCUUUGCGAUUGCCGUAACACUCGUACAAAUGAAAGUGGCAAAGAUAACCUUGUAAAACCUUGGGGAAAAAGUCACUUAGAUACCAGUGUAUACUUUGCUGGAGCAGUAACUCACCAUGUCUUGUUGACAAAGUGACCCAAGCAAAACAGAGAGUAGGCCAUUUCAACUCAUUAUGUGAUCAUUAGCAUAAAGGCCUCUAAGUCCUCCUAGAGACUCCAAAGUGAUGGUAUCCAUUGUGGUAUGAUGCCACAUAUUGAUUGCUUUAGCAUAGACGGGAAUUUCUGCCCUCCUGAUGUAAAGCCAGGCUCUUGGCAGUUGGGCUGGAGCCAAACAAUGAGGUAAACGUUUAUUUGCAUCAGAAAAGCUCCUACCUAAUAGCAUAAAAACCUGUUUGCUUACAUUUAUCAGUGUGUCAUGGACUGCUUGGUCACAGUCCUUAGUUGGUGAUUAAUAAAAGUGCCAAGCCCACAUACAAAUGGCAAAUGUUCUACUCAGGGAGAAAGAUGCCAGGAUGUUCUGACCAGUAGUGAGAGAUGUAGUGAAUAUCAAGGUCUUGCUGACCACCUCAUGGACAAAAACAGGAUCCUAUGCCAGCAGAGCAUAAGUUUUUUUCUUUGGAGAAUAUGAAUCUGCAAUGGUUAUCUUAGUGAGGAGUACCACCUAUAGUUUUCCAAACAUUUCCUAGCUGUUUCCUAACCCUUCUGCAGACACAACUCUCCUGGACAGUGUACCUGCUGCAUUAUUGUUCAGACUUGACAGAUAAGAUGGAGAUGAGGGAGAAUAUGUAUACUGUAUAUGGACCCACCUGAAAAUAUUCCUUUCAAGCAGAUGAGAAACAUUUGACCUUGUGCUAUCCUGCUGGUUGGUAAAGCUGACAUCACAUCUUUGUCUGAGUUUAUCAAUGUGUGGCAACCUCUCGGAAGCAUUAAGAAGUCAUUCCAAGUUACUUAAUGUGAUUUACCCUUACACUAAGGGGCUAAAUAUCCAUUAUUUGGCACCACACCACUUCCCAUUCUGCAACAAAGGCAUCUUUAGCAAUUAUCUUUCACCAAAUGGCUUUUUUGAAAGCAUACUCUAAACCAAGGCACCGUUCUUAUAAUUGGCAUUGAGCUUCCAAAAAAUAAAAAAACCUUGGAGGACAGGUCACCUGUGGUUCAGACUGUAGCUGCAUAAUGUGUACAUAUAGUUCAAUGUGUCUAAAGGGAAGAGAAAAAAAAACAAACAAACAAAAAAAAGAUGGCUGUAUGAAGAAUUUCUUAAUUGCAAAUAUUGCAUCAUGAGUAUGUGACUCUACAGAAUGUUUCAUGCACAAGCAGGCAUCCAUGCGUUUUGUACCACUCCUUGUGGUUAGGUGGGGUAGAAUAGAAACAGAACCAAGUUUACAACAACAUCGUACCUGCCUCUAAAGCCAGGGCUUCUAAACUCACAAUUUACAAAUAGGGUUUUCGAGAAAAACCUAUUAUCUCCUGUUUUGAAUAAUUCACUUGGUUAUGCUAUUUAAGAUUAGAAAUUCAGAUGUGCUAAUACUUUGAAUUGUAUGGGGAGUCGCAUUCAAUCAAGCCUCAUUGAAAUAAUUAGGAUACAUGUUAUGUUAGCCAUCUUCACUAUCCUGAUAUGCAGCACUGUUGUACUACAGCAAUAAAAAUGGACAGAUUUUCCUGCCCAUCUACCUCUGCUAAACAAACCACCACACACUCUUGAAGACCAAAUAGUUUUCCUAACUCUGGAGUGGUACUUUUACCAAAGCUUUGAACCUACUGAAAUGUCUGUUAAGUGCACUAUUCUUCUAGAUUUUCUAGAUUUUUGAUUAUAAGGUCAGAGUUUUUGAUUUGAGCUGUAGAUCAUGGCAACAGUCACAACGACAGUGAAAAGGAACACAGAGCUUCUCAGUGUGAUUAAAAUCGCUGUGCAUGAAAACGCUAAACAGUUUUACCUUCACAUGCAUGCACAGUCAUGAGUCCUCUGGUUCACAUUGGGCCAUAUAACACCAUCAUCACCCCGGCAUGGAUUAUUUCUCACUAUAAUAACAAAAAUUAACCCUACAAUGGUAAAUCAGUAUAAGGAAUACUCUUCUGUUUUUAUGAUACAUGUAUGCAUUUACUAACAUAAUCAUGUUCAAAUGUUUCUGUAGUCCUACUGUAAAAAGGGUAGAUUGGUAAAAGCUUUUUCUGUUACAGAAAAUUCAACCCCUUCACCCCCCACCCAAAAUGUUUGGAAACCUGGCUCUAAAGCACUACUAAUGUAUGUAGCUAAUACACACGGUUGCUGGUCUUGUCGAAACACAAAUGGCCAUUUUGGCGACAGCUAACACUUGGCUACAGGUCAAGGCAACAUAUUGGAAAGCAGAGAUACAAAUGACCUUGGCAGAUGGAGGUCUUACAUCGAGUUGGCCAAUAAAACCAAAUGCCUUUGCUCCUAAUUUGCUUCCUGAAAUGUGCGAGCAACAUUUCAAUUCCAUCACUUUGACAAUUUCUCUUCAUAUAUCACAUAUUUCUUUUUAUAAAUCUACUUUGUAAAAAGGUUUUUGUAUUGUUAUUUAAAUGUUUCCCAAUUUGUCGUGUUAGCUUGUGCAUAUUUAUUUAAAAUGGUCUAAUUUGCAUAUACAGUUAAUCUGUAUUAAAUAUGGGAACUGUACUGGAUCAUUUAUCGCCUUAUACUGUAUGACUGGCACUUCUUUCUGUAUUUAAACAUGCUUGUUUGCUUACUACACACAGUGUUCAUUUGGAACGAAUUUGUCUAGUGCUUAAGUCAUGGUCUUUUGCAACUUUGCUGUGAAAAUGAUUUUUUUUUCAUAAUAAACUGGAACGCCAUCUCA